UUAGCCCCGCCCACUUGAACCUGAGGAGGUCUAAUCAGAGUCAGAGUGGAGUCACCUGUAUGUAGAUGUGUGUGUGUAUGCCUGCGUCCAUGCUGCAUCUAUUGUCCUCCCCAGAGCUCAUCUCAACUCCACAGGUAAAUCAGGAGGAUGCAGAAGAUUUCUCAUCUAACCUUCUCCAUGGGGCUGCUGUUGGGAUUUAUUUCUCUUCGCUUCGUGUUUGACUCCAACAUUUCAACAGAUCACAUCUUUUUUGUACCACGUAAUGCACAGGAGGGAAUCGAACCCUCGGCACAGCAUGUUCCCUCAGGUGAGAACAUGACCACGGCAGCAAGGCCGACCCCAAGAACACGGGUUUUGUGCUGGAUCAUGACCGGGCCCAUGUACUUGGAAUCCAGAACCAGGCACAUCAGGGAAACAUGGGCCAAACGCUGCGACAAAACUCUCUACAUGAGCUCUGCCAAGACCGACUUCCCCACUGUGGGGCUGAACGUGAGCGAGGGACGAGAAAACCUCUACUGGAAGACCAUCGAAGCCUUUAGGUACAUCCACAGGCACCACAUGGAUGAUGCAGACUGGUUCCUAAAGGCGGAUGAUGACACAUUUGUUGUGGUGGAGAAUCUACGUUACUUGUUGUCCAGGUUUGACACCGAGAAACCGUGGUACCUGGGCAGGAGGUUCAGCCCCUUCAUCAACCAGGGCUACAUGAGCGGAGGAGCAGGUUAUGUCCUCAGUAAGGAAGCCUUGAGACGAUUCAUCAAAGGGUUCGAUACUGGCCAGUGCACCCACUUCUCCUCCAUAGAGGACAUGGCUCUGGGGAAAUGUAUGGAGAUGAUGAAGGUGGAACCAGCAGACACCAGAGACAUUAACGGAGGACAGACUUUUCAUGCUUUCCCUCCAGAUUAUCACCUGGUCAGACAAACACGAAGACCACGUCCUUGGUAUCUGCUGUACGAUACCUAUGAACCAAUAGAGGGUCCAGGCUGCUGUGCAGAUUUAGCUGUGUCCUUUCACUACAUGUUGCCCACCGACCUGUAUGUUCUGAAUUACCUGACGUACCACCUGCGGCCAUAUGGAUACAAAUACAGAUUUAACCCUGAUGAGAAAACUAACAGUACAUCUAAGUCUCCGUAAAAUGUCCCUGUCUGCAUGGCAAGCUUUGCACUUAUAGAGGGAGGGGUUGAGGAUAUCAGCAUAUGGAUGAUAAUGUAUUUAAAUAUCUCUUCUUUUAUGGCUGAAGCCUUUUCAGGUGUAAAGAUUUGUUGAUUCCUGUCUCUUUGCUUGAGUUUCUCUGGUCCGUCUGUUUAAAAUGUAAAAACUGAGCAUGAUGUUUGAGGGUGUGAGCACUGACUUGGUACUGUUUGUAAUUUGAAAAUGAAGAUUUUAACAUGGUG